GAAAAGGGUACAAGAGGCCCAGGCUAGCUACAAAAGAAAAUGGGAUACAGUCUGUUUAGCAAACAACCCACUUCCUAGUAAUCUUUACUCAUAGCUGGUUUCUACUCUCUACACUCUGCAUGUCACUCCACUAGCCAUACUUCUCCCAACUAUAUAUAUCUCCAAACUCCUAUCCUUUAUUUCUAUGAACCAUCAAAAGCUAAGAGAACUUUUUUUCUCUCAAGAUUAACCACCAUGAAAAUCCACCUUCUUUCUCUUGUUUUUCUCUUCUUUUCCUUAGCCCAGGGAUUGAACUCCAACCCCAAAUGUAACACCCAAGACCAAGGCUCAACCCUUCAAGUGUUUCAUAUUUAUAGCCCAUGCUCCCCAUUUAGACCCUCAAUGCCACUCUCAUGGGAAGAGAGUGUGCUCCAAAUGCAAGCCAAGGACCAAGCUAGGCUUCAAUAUUUGUCAAGCUUGGUUGCUAGGAAAUCUGUGGUGCCGGUUGCCUCAGGCAGGCAGAUUACUCAGAGCCCAACCUAUAUUGUUAGGGCUAAGAUUGGAACUCCAGCCCAGACCAUGCUCUUAGCCAUGGAUACCAGCAAUGAUGUUGCUUGGCUUCUUUGCAGUGGGUGUGUUGGGUGUUCUUCUGCAGUUUUCAACUCUGCAAAAUCUACUACCUUCAAAACCCUUGGCUGCCAAGCUGCUCAGUGCAAGCAGGUACCCAACGCCAUCUGUGGUGGCAAAGCAUGCACAUUCAACAUGACCUACGGCAGCUCGUCCAUAGCAGCAAACCUCUCGCAGGACAAUAUCACUCUAGCCACUGACUCAGUACCUGGCUACACCUUUGGUUGCAUUACAAAAGCCACAGGCAGAUCAGUCCCUCCCCAGGGGCUUCUGGGCUUGGGCAGAGGACCAUUGUCUCUUUUGUCUCAGUCCCAAAAACUUUACAAAUCCACUUUCUCAUACUGCCUUCCUAGCUUUAGGUCUCUAAGCUUUUCUGGCUCACUGAGGCUUGGACCCAUUGGGCAACCGAAGAGGAUUAAGACUACACCAUUGCUAAAGAAUCCUAGGAGAUCGUCACUUUACUAUGUUAACUUGGUCGCAAUUAGAGUUGGAAGAAGAGUUGUUGACAUUCCUCCUAGCGCUUUGGCUUUCAAUCCGACCACCGGUGCUGGAACCAUCUUUGAUUCCGGAACUGUAUUCACCAGGCUUGUCACUCCAGCCUACACGGCAGUCCGGGAUGCAUUCCGAAAGCGAGUCGGCAAUGCAACGGUGACAUCCCUCGGCGGAUUCGACACAUGUUACUCCGUACCAAUCGUAGCACCCAACAUAAAAUUCAUGUUCUCCGGCAUGAAUGUGACAUUAACACCAGAAAACCUACUAAUCCACAGCACAGCCGGUAGCAUCACAUGCCUAGCCAUGGCUGCAGCACCAGAUAACGUGAAUUCAGUGCUAAAUGUUAUAGCCAAUAUGCAGCAACAAAACCAUAGGAUACUUUAUGAUGUGCCCAACUCAAGGAUUGGCGUGGCACGAGAGCGAUGCACAUGAAUUUUCAAGUGAUGGCCUUUAUAUCUUUUGGUCAUGGUAGUGUUUGUUGAUUAGAUAUGUCUUGUGAUUUGUGAUGGAAGGAGUGUAGAGUGAGAUAAAAUUGAAGUGGUUUCAUAGUUAUAUUGCUUUUGUAUUUUGAAGUCACGGGUAGUUAUCUGUGGCGGUGUUUGUCUUUUUAAAGCAUCCAAAAGAUGGUACCAUGUCACGGGUUCCUUGCAA